AUGGGUAAAGGUACACCCUCUUUCGGUAAACGACACUCUAAAUCCCACACUCUCUGUCGAAGAUGUGGUAACCGAUCUUUCCACAAGCAAAAGCACACUUGUGCUCAAUGUGGUUACCCUGCUGCUAAGCUCAGAUCAUUCAACUGGGGUUUGAAGGCUAAGAGAAGAAAGACUACCGGUACCGGUCGACACGCCCACCUUAAAGACGUCAACCGACGAUUCAAGAACGGUUUCAGAGAAGGUGGUGCCGCCCCUAAGAAGGUCAAGGCCACUUCCGAAUAA